UGUUGCGCGCUUGUUACCGGAAACGGCAGUUGCCAACCUCUCCGGUUGGCUGCGGAGGAGCGGCUUGGCUCGCCAAGACCCACCGGCCGCCGCCCGGUCCUAGUGCCGGCCUUUCACCAGGCUCCGGGUGAUCUGCUCUGAUGCCCUCCCACAGCCCCCUCAGCAGGGGCCGGGAGGCCCCGGUGAGGUUUUAAUGUACUGAUAUGAUGUGGGGAAGAAUCUUCUUUGAAAUUUCUUGAUUCCUGUAAAAUAAUUUUACUAUCAAAGACUAUUCAUUAUCCCGAGAACAUAGAUUAGAAGGCUGGAAAGUGGUAGUCAUGAGUUCCUCCUCUCCAAUCAAUCACAGUGUUCCUGAGAUCAAACGCUUGCAAUACGUCCAGAGUGAAUUGAGAUUAUUACAGAAUACCAGUGAAUUGGAUUUGGACACUGUGGAAGAUCUAAGGAGGAAACUCUACCAAGCCAAAAAAGAAAAACUGGACAUAACGACCAAACAUAAUCAAGAUCUGUCUAAUUAUGAAAGCCAGAUUGCCAAGUUACGAUGUGAAGUUGAGAAAGGAGAAGCUGUUCGACAAGGUCUAGAGUAUGAACUAGCUAUUGCUAGAAAGGAUGCUGGUCUUGAAAGAUACUCUGCAGAAGAAAAGUUAAAUGAAGCAAGCAAACGACUUGAACAAUUGCAAGCAAUUAAUGCAGAGCUUCAAAAGAAAGUGACAGAGACUGAGAGAGCCUUUCAUAUUGCUCAGCAGAAGUGGAAAGAGCAUCAGCAGAGACUUGCAGCUGACUUAGAGGAGAAAGAUAAAAUCCUCAAGACCUGUAACAGUGAAUAUGAAUUGCUUCUGAAGGAGAGGACUAAAUUGGAAAGUGUGCUACAGCAAGACUGUAUCUGUAUCAAGGAAACUAUGGAGCAUCACAAAGAGCAAAGGAAUAUGAUGGAAUCACAGAUCAGGGAGACUACAUUUAAGGAGUUUAGGUUUCAGUCAGAACAGUGGGAAGCAGAAAGAAGAGACUUCCAGAUCAUGUUGCAGGAGCGAAAUAAUGCAGUACAGAGUAUGCGCAAGAAAAUAAAAGACCUAGAAUUGGAACAUAAUGACUGCCCUGAGAUCCUGCGGCAACAAGCCAGUGAGCUUGAAUACAGCGCAGAACGAGAGGAGAAACUUAAAAAAGAACUUGAGGCAGCUACAGUGAGAAUAAAGACAUUAGAAGAAAAUAUUGAAGCAGAGAGAGCAGCACAUCUGGAAUCCAAAUUCAAUUCUGAAAUCAUUCAGUUAAGGGUUCGAGACCUUGAAGGGGCUUUGCAAGUGGAAAAAGCCAGCCAAGCAGAAGUUCUCUCAGAUUUAGAAAUGAUCAAGAAAGAGUUCAAAGAGGUAGAAAAUGCAUAUGAGAGAGAGAGACAUAAUGCCCAAAAGAGCUUGGAAAAACUCAAUAAGUUAGAAAGAGAGUACUUUUCUACAAACAAGCAACUAAAUGAAGAGAUCAAGGAAAAGAAGAAAGUAAUUACAGACCUCUCUGUGAGACUUCAGGAUAAUGAAAAACAUUGCCAAGAAUUACAGGAAGAUCUUGCAAUGGCCAAGAAACACCAGUCCUUCUUAACAGAGACAUGUGAAAACAACCUAAGAGAGCUCGAGUUACUCUUGGACAGCUUUACUAUGUCAAGCCAGCGGACAGCAGGCACUUGCAAGGACAAAGAUAAACCUCCAAGCCUCUCUGUUGUCCUUGAGACUUUGAGGCAUACCUUGACAGAUUACCAGAACAAGCUGGAAGACUCAUCUAAUGAGCUAAAAAAAAUUAAAGCUUCUUGUGAAAAGAUGACAGAAGAGCUUGAUUCAUUCAAACAGAAAUUAGGGUCUCAAAGUCGAGACCUUGAGGAAGCUUGGAAUAACCUGACUGAUGCCAAUAAAGAGUUAAAUCAUUUGCGCACUAAGUGUGCAGACAGAGAGUCUUUAAUAGGCACUUUAAAAAUGGAACUACAGAAUGUACUGCACUGCUGGGAGAAAGAGAAAGUGCGCGCCACAGAUUCUGAAAAUGAAAUCCAGAAGCUUACCAGGGCUUACCAGAAGGAUACAGAGGAGAAGCUAACCUUCCUUCACACUUUAUAUCAGCAUUUGGUAGCAGGCUGUGUGCUUAUAAAACAACCAGGAGGCAUGCUGGAUAAAUUCUCCUGGCCUGAGCUUUGUGCAGUCUUACAGGAGAAUGUUGAUGCCCUGAUCUUAGACCUCAACAGGGCUAAUGAGAAGAUAACUCAUCUAGAAUAUAUUUGUAAGAAUAAGUCUGAUACCAUGAAGGAGCUUCAGCAGACACAGGAAGACACUUUUAACAAAAUGGCUGAACAGAUGAAAGCACAAGAAAGCUGUUGGCAGAGACAGAAAAAGGAGUUGGAGCAGCAGUACUCUGGACUCCUUGGGGAAGUUCAGGCAAGGGCACAGAAAUAUCAAGAAAUGGCAGAAAAAAACAAGGAAAAAAUUUCUGUGAUUGAAAACGUGCGGGAGAAGUUGGUCCUUGAACAUUCCCACUUGAAAAGUACGUUAACCCAGGCUCAAAAGGACUGCUCAUCUCUGCUUGCAGCCUGCGCACUAAUGGCUGGUGCCUUCUAUCCUCUAUACAGCCGAACUUGUGCCUUGUCUACACAAAGAGACUUUCUGCAGGAUCAAGUCCACACCUAUGAAGCACUCAACCAGGAAAUUAGGACUCUUGUUUAUGCUUUGUCUGGAAUAGAGGAAAAGAAGCAAGAUGAACUGAAGAUAAAGAAAAAACACUUCAAAGGCAUGAUAUGUGUAUUCCGGAAAGGUGUUAUUGCAGUUCUGGCAGCAAACAGGCUUCAAAUUUUGGGACAGUCAUGUAGUUCUCUUUUCUCCUGGGUAGAUGGUUUCAGAGAAGGUGUAGGAAUCCUUGUUUGCAUAGGACAGUCCAAGGACAAGUUUGAUCUGCCAAAACCUCAAAAGGAACAGUUGCGUUGCCUUGAAGCUCUCAGCUGGUUUGCGAGUUCUGACCUCCUUGCUGCAAUAAUAACUUCUGUUGCUGAAUUACAGGAAGUUGUUGGCAAAACAGAUCCAAAUUCCUGGCUUUGUGGGCCCUUACUCAUCAGUGCAGCCAGGAAUUCUUUUUCAAAGCUCAUGGACAAAUUUAACAUAAUAAUGGAGACUAUACAACUGGAUAACAGCAGGAGCAUUACUCAUAUAGAGAAGGACUCCUUGGUGCAGAGACUAGCUCGUGGACUUCAUAAAAUAAAUGCACAGGCCCUGAAAGCUGGAUUAAAUGAAAGAGUACCCAUUACGAAAAGCAUAGCAUCUCUGCAGAAGCAAAUAUUUGAAUUUACACAAAGGCUGCAUACAGCAGAAGUGGAACGUCGUUCACUCCGCUUAGAACUUGCAGAAUUCAAACGGAAUUUGAAUGAGAUGAAAAAAGAGGCUGACAAAGCCCAGAACCUGCAAGAGCAAUUAAAUGCGUUUAAGCAAUCUAAACUGAUCACCCAUGAGAGGUUUGAAAGUGCAUGUGAGGAAUUGAAUAAUGCAUUACAUCGAGAGCAGCAGGCACAAAUGCUUUUGCAUGAGCAGGCGCAACAGCUGCAAGAGUUAAAUUACAAACUAGAAUUGCACUCCAGAGAAGAAGCAGACAAAAACCAAAUCCUAAGUGAAGCUGUAAAGAGUCUCUCCGAGGCAAAGAUGGAGCUGAGAAGAAAAGAUCAAUCUCUGCGUCAGCUCAAUAGACAUCUUACCCAGCUGGAGCAGGACAAGCGUCGACUAGAAGAGAGCAUCCAUGAUGCAGAGAGUGCCCUCCGCAUGGCAGCAAAAGAUAAAGAAUUAAUUGCUAGUUACAUGAAAUCAGUGGAAGCCAACCUUCAAAAGGUCAGAGAUCAGAUCUCGCUGUCACGGACUGCGGCAACCAGGAAUGACUUCACCCUGCAGCUACCCAAACUGCACCUGGAGACCUUUGCAAUGGAAGGGCUGAAGGGCGGGCCAGAGGUUGUAGCAUUUCAGGCUAUGGUUAAGAGUUUUAUGAAUGUCUACCAACUUGCAAGCUCCAGAGUUGCUACACUAGAGAGAGAAAUAGCAUCUCAUCGACAUCACAUUACAGUUCUGAAAUCAGAGCUCCAAACAGCUUGUCUUCGUGAAAAUGAAAGCUUACAAUCAAGUUCACAAGACAGUUCAAACAUCACCAUGGCUUCCAGAUCAGUGCUUCAGCCUGAUCAGAGCUGUAUUCCAGAUUUCUUGCCAUUGCAAGCUGAGCCAGAUACAUCGUACAGCUUUACACACAAUAGACCCCCUUCUCAAUCUUCAUCCUUUUCCUCUUCCCUGAAUGUCUUGGCUAGCCCCAAAAGGACUGUACAGAAUGGAUUUUAAGAUUCUUUGUGCUGUAUUACUAAAAGAACAGGUUGUAUCAACAUUAAAUGAUGCAAUUAAAAUAUUUUAUUGGGAUAUUUUA